GUUAGAAGGGUCCCGCACAGCCACCGCGCUCCCAACGGAACUGAAGGAGCACGCAGACCCCACUGGCCGCGGGGGUUAGAAGCCGCCUCCCCUCCGCAUCCCUUGAUCCACUGUAGCGAUGCCACAGCCCGGGACGCCGCACGGGGCCGGGACCGUGGGUAGCUAGCCCGGGUCUCGGUGCACGCCCCCGCCGCCCCCCGGGGCCUGUCAGGCCCCGCCCCGGGGGCGUGACUGUCGCACCCCGCGCGUGCGCGGACCGAGGCGGUUUGUCCCCGCCGGCGCCCCGUAGCGACCGUGAGGCGUUCCCAUAGGAGAGGCGGCAGGAGCGGGGCUGGGAGGGGUUCGAAUCGCAGGGGCUCGGCCCGGGCACUGCCCGUCCUGUCCCUUCGCGCGAGGCGGGGGGGCUGAGGGGACUGCGGAGCUGGAGAAAACACGAGGAACGGGGGAAAAGGGCAGACCUGAGGAGAGCAGUGGAGCCCCCGCCCCUGUGCCGAGGGAUGAACUGGCCUGAGGGGGUUGUGCUGUGGAUGCGGGCACCGGCAGGGCCUCGCCUGGAUUUAGCAGGCAGAAGGAAGGUUUUCCCUUGGUGCGAGUGUCGGUGAAGCCUCGGUGCCCGGGAGGUGGGACCCCAGCCGGAUGUCCUGGCGCAGCGGGGAAUGCUGACGUGACAGGGCCGAGCCCCGCCUGUCCCUUCCGGCUCGGGCUGUCGUGGCUGCCUCAGGCUGCUCCCCCAGGUCUGCACUGAGCGCCUCUGCACCUCCGGGGAACCAUGGCAGAGAAGAUCCUGGUGACCGGCGGGGCCGGCUACAUAGGCAGUCACUGUGUGCUGGAGCUGGUGGAGGCUGGCUACGUCCCUGUGGUCAUAGACAACUUUCACAAUGCCAUCCGAGGGGCAGACGCGCUCCCUGAGAGCCUCCGGCGUGUGCAGCAGAUUGUGGACCAGCCUAUCCUCUUCCAGGAGCUGGAUAUCACCGAUGAGGCAGCGCUGCAGGAACUCUUCAGUAAGCACCAUUUCUCAGCUGUGAUGCACUUUGCGGGGCUAAAGGCCGUGGGGGAGUCUGUGCAGAAGCCCCUGGAAUACUACAGGGUGAACCUCACUGGCACCAUUCGGCUGCUGGAGACCAUGAAAGCCCAUGGUGUGAGAAACAUCGUAUUCAGCAGCUCUGCCACUGUCUACGGGGACCCGAAGUACCUACCGCUGGAUGAGAACCACCCUGUUGGGGGCUGCACCAACCCCUAUGGCAAAUCCAAGUACUUCAUCGAAGAGAUGAUUCGAGAUGUCUGCAAAGCAGAGAGGGACUGGAACGCUGUUCUCCUGCGUUAUUUCAACCCGAUUGGUGCCCAUGAGUCAGGCAUGAUUGGAGAAGAUCCACAGGGGAUCCCAAACAACCUCAUGCCCUAUGUGGCGCAGGUGGCAGUGGGGCGCCGGGAAUUCUUGAGCGUGUUUGGGAAUGACUACAAGACACAUGAUGGAACGGGCGUCAGGGAUUACAUCCACAUUGUGGAUUUGGCCAAGGGCCAUAUCGCUGCUUUGAAGAAGCUGAAGGAGAACUGUGGCUGCAAGAUCUACAACCUCGCCACAGGCACCGGCUACUCCGUCCUGCAGAUGAUCCGGGCCAUGGAGAAAGCCUCAGGGAGGGAGAUCAAGUACAAGAUCACGGACCGGCGGGAGGGAGACGUGGCCUCAUGCUAUGCUGACCCGGCACUGGCUGAGCGUGAGCUGGGCUGGAAAGCUGCCUUUGGUCUGGACAAGAUGUGUGAGGACCUGUGGCAAUGGCAGCUUCAGAACCCCACAGGCUUCAGCAAUAACUGAGCCAUGGCCCGAGGGCUCACCUGGCUGCUGUGGGCUGCUCCAGGCCAGCCUCCCCUGUGGCCCCAGCGAGGCUGUCAUCAUCCUGGGUGCUGCUCCAGCUGCAUCUCCUGCCUCUUUCAUGGGGGAGGAUGGCAGGCAC